UGCAUGGCUUGGCAGCAGUGCAUGGCUUGGCAGCAGUGUGUGGCUUGGCAGCCGUGCGUGGCUGGGCAGCAGUGUGUAGCUGGGCAGCAGAGCGGGGCUUGGCAGCAGUGCCUAGCUAGGCAGCAGUGCCUAGCUAGGCAGCAGUGCCUAGCUUGGCAGCAGUGCCUAGCUUGGCAGCAGUGCGUGGCUUGGCAGCAGUGUGUGGCUUGACAGCAGUUCGUGGCUUGGCAGCAGUGCGUGGCUUGGCAGCAG